UUGGUAGCGACGGCCGGUCGGAGGUCGAGGGUCGCUGGUCGCCUCGCGUGUGAGGAAUGGCCGCGGAGUUGGCACUUGAGGAGUUUCGGAUGUCGACCUGGAGCAGGCAGCUCCUGGGGGCAGGGCCAGUCCUCAGAGGACACUAUAGUACGAGGAAUCGUGUCUCCCGAAGACGUGGAGCAGCAUGUUACCACCCUCCACUCACAGCACGGCCGUCCGCCUCAUACAUACAUUCAUACACAUCGUAAUCGAAUGAGAAGUCGCAGGUUCCGAGGCGAUAAUACUGUUACUGAUACAAUAUAUACAGGCGAGUGCGCGACCCUCGACCUUCGAGCUCGGCGGUCGGCGGCGUCGCUUAGUGUAGUCAAUAAAUAA